ACUCCCGUCCUGCGGCGCGAGCGGCCGAUUCGAUUUCAACUCCUGAAUAUUCCGACAGGAUACGGGAAUUUUUUUCGUGUCAGCGGACUCGUGAUCUCAGAUCGUAACUGGUGACUCUUGGCGAGAAGAAUGCACUCGCGUUCAAAUAGCAUCUGCUUGUUUCUCGUUCUUUUUAUUUUUGGAGCUGUCGUUGUUCACGGCGAACCGCAACCGAUGGCCAGACCAACUCGGCCAGAAAUAUUUACAAGUCCGGAAGAACUGAGAAGAUAUCUCGAUCAUGUUAGUGAUUAUUACUCCCACAGUGGGAAAGCGAGAUACGGGAAAAGGGGACGCGUUAUGUCAUCUGUACCAGACAUGAAUUAUGUUUGGGAUACGAUGAAAACAGUCCUGUCGGAGAAUUCUCAACAAUCGCAGCAACCAAAAUUGGAAAAGAGGAAGGAAGAAGAGAACCGAUUUCUUAGCGAGCCGGGAAGCUAUGGUUCUACUAAGGAGGAUACUUCACGGAUCGACACCAGACCCUGCCACGUAUUAGACAUAGUUGGAAAAUACUACGAUGACGUGCAAUAAAAUACUUUGCGUGUUCCGUGCUCCGUUCACAACGCCUUGUUGUUAUUCGAUUAUUUGUCACUUGUUUCGUUUAAAUUGCUUGUCAACGUUAUAACGAAAAUGAUUAUUCUGCUAGUGAACAAGUUCCCCAAGAUUAGAAAGUCUUCUCGAAUUGGAACGAGGAUGAAGUGACGACUUGCACGAGUGUCAAUUGAAAGUAAACAACGUAUUUUAUUUUAUGCAUUUUGCAACGUUUUAUUGCCAGUUAAGAUUUCACAAUAUGUAUGUUAAAAUACACGCAUUGCGAAUAUUAAUUAUAAA